AUGUGGGCGCUGGCGGCCCUCCUGCUUCUGGCUCCGGGCAGUGGACAAGCUGCGGCCCUGGAGAAGCCCACGCUGUCCCUGCAGCCGCCCUGGACCACCAUCUUCAAGGGAGAGCGGGUGACCCUGCGCUGUGACGGGCACCACCCUCUGGUGAUGGAGAUCCGGCCGGUCAGCACCCUCUGGUACCUGGGCCACCUGCUGCUGCCCUCGCAUGGGAGGAGCAUCGAGGUGCAGACCCCCGGGGCCUACCGGUGCCAGACCCGCGGGGCGCCCGUCAGCGACCCCGUCCACCUCUCUGUGUCCAAUGACUGGCUGAUCCUGCAAGUGCCCUAUGAGGUGGUGUUCGAGGGCGAGCCGCUGGUCCUGCGCUGCCGCGGCUGGUACGACAAGGUAGUGUACAAGCUGCACUACUACCGCGAUGGCCAGGCCGUGCGCUACUUCCAAUCCAGCGCCAACUACACGGUGCCGCAGGCGCGCGCCAGCGACAGCGGCCGCUACCAGUGCUCCGGCACCAUGCGCAUCCCCGUGGAGAGCGCGCCCAUGUUUUCUGCCAAGGUGGCCGUGACCGUGCAAGAGCUGUUCCCGGCGCCGGUGCUGAAGGUGGCGGGCCGCGCGGAGGCCGGCGGGGUGGUCGUGCGCUGCGAGACGCGCCUGCACCCGCGGAAGAGCGCGGUGCCCCUGCAGUUCGCCUUCUACAAGUACAGCCGCGCCGUGCGCCGCUUCGACUGGGGCGCCGAGUACAGGGUCCCCGAGUCCGAGGCCGACGAGCUGGAGUCCCACUGGUGCGAGGCGGCCACCGCCUCCCGCAGCGUCCGGAAACGCAGCGCGUGGCUGCAGCUUCCGGGGCGCGGGCCACCCCGGGACACGUCCACCGACGCCCCGGGCCCGCAGGCCCCACCCUUGGCGCCUGGGAACAAGCCGCUUUCCUUCCGAAAACCGCUGGUGUCCACGUCAGUCCCUUUGGUCACCUCUGUCCCCAAUGCCACCCCAGCCGGGCGGCGGGUCCCGGCCGGCAGAGCCCCCAGCGCUGCGCCCGCUGUCUGCGCUACGCAGAAGCCCAUGGAACAGUCGGCCGGGGCCCUGCAACCGGACGUGGACCUGCUGCUCCGAGAAAUGCGGCUGCUCCAGGGCCUCCUGAGCCGGGUGGUCCGGGACAGGAAGGGCCCUCAGGCCUCCCCUGAGCCCAGGGCAGCACCCCAAACCCCCACGGCCCAUGAGGCUGAGACCCGGGGAGCCGCGGAGACCGGCGCUAAUCGCAUAAAGUGUGGUGGCCACAGUCCAGCCUCCACAGCAUAUUUGCGGUGCAACCGUAGCCCACCCAGGGCCGACCUCAGCACAAGCAAGGUCACUGGGGUUGAGGUCCCUCAGGAGACGGAGCCUUCCGGGGUGUGCUAGGGUCAGGCUGUGAUCUUUGAUCAUUUAAUGCUGGCCAGGGCAGCCGCACAAGCCGGGGGCUGCGGGGAAGCUGCUGCCGCCCAGUCCCACACCCUGAGUCUGAGGGUGUCCAUGCCGGAGGCGGACGAGGAGCCCAUGUCCUCGGAGAGCAGAGAAGGGCUUGGCGAGUCCCCAGCCCCAGCCUCCCCGCCUCACUCCGUGCUGCCCGCCAGUGGCGGCUUCUUGCCUUGA